GGAGAGGUUACGAGUGGUAAUGCUUUGGCUGCAAAAAAGGGAGAGGCCGAAACCGGCGGGGACGGAGUUGAAAAAGAUAGCAAGAAGAAGAAGAACAAGAAAAGUGAACGAAAGGAGAAGAAAAAGAAGAAGCGUUCCAAGAAAAAGAAGAAGAAGGCAGCUUCUUCCAGUAGCUCCAGCAGCAGUAGUUCGGAAUCGGAUUCAGAUUUGGACAAGAAAAGCGGAUCCAAGGAAGACGAUUUUGAUCCCGCCACCUCAAUUCGGGUAGCCAUGCGGAACAUUUUGAAGGCUCAAGAAGCAGCCACUAAGGAAGCGGAAGUUGGGGAACUUACCGGAGGAAAGUGGACUGUUGUGCAGACGGCUUCAUCAACUCAGGAGCUCACUGCUCCUCCUCCACCUUUCAUGACGGCUGGAGCAGAGAACAGAGAGAAGAAACGGGACGAGCUAAUGCUAUCGCAGUGGGUUACGCCGGAUCCCAUCAUAUCUGACUCGGAGAAAAAAAUGCUGGAACAAUUGAAGGGCAAGUUGAAGAAACGAGAUGACGACAGGGACUCUGGUCGUGCUGGAAAACAUAGGGAGUCUAGCAGAGAAGGAAGUCGUGAUAGAGAUAAUAGACGUUCUCCAGACAGACGCGAUCGGGAUCAUAAAGAUCGAGGAAGACCGGAUAGCCGGGGACGAGUAGACGAUUGGAAGCGCAGUCGAUCGAGGACACCGCCAUGGAGACGCCACGGACGUAGUCCAGGUCGUCGCGAUUUCCUUAGAGAUCGUCGCAGCCCGGAUAGACGACGAGGUGGAAUGGCAGAUCGUGGAGGACGCUUUGAUCGACGGAGACGAAGCCGGUCACGGGGUCGCCGGAGUCCCAGCUAUGGACGGGGUCGUUUCCGAGCUCGUCGAUCAUUCUCAAGAUCCCGAUCCAGAUCACGAACCAGGUCAAACUCGCGUGGAAGAAGGGUUAUCGAAAAACCUGUUGUGAACUUCCCCCCGGAACCAAAACCGAAACCAGAGAAGAAGGUUAAAAAAGACGACGAAAAGAAGGAGAAGAAAACCGUUUCUUUGGCUAUUGGUCAGAAAAAACUACCAUUCAUAGGGCGAAUGCCUGUCUUCAAAAAGCAACAGCAGGAAGCCAAGAAAGAAGGCACGGUUCCAACAGAAAAGUCAAUCGUUAGUCACGAAGAACAAGUCGAGAACGGAGCGAAACAUCAACCGGAAGAAUUUGUAGACAUGAUGCCGGAUCCAUUCCAGUACGUAGCCCUAAUGGGAGUUCCACCUCCUCCACCAGUCAAUCCUGGCAAACCGGACGAAAUUCUUCCUCCCGGAAUCGACGAAGCAGAAGCUGAUUCGGUACCGAAACCUAUAAGCGAUGCACCGAUCCCUCGGAAAGGUCCGCUCCCGAAAGAUUUCCAAGAAGCUCUAGACAUUCUGUUCGAUGGAGACAAACCCAAACCAGCUGAUCUGAUUGCAAACGAAACCAAACAACCCGAACUUCCCCCGGUUCCCGUGGAACCUGUCGUUAUGGACACAGACCAGCCGCAGAUGAUAGUUCCGGAGGCGAUCGAAAUCUACAACCAACAGAUCGCGGCCCAAUACAGUGGAGCAGUUGUACAGGCCAAUCCGGUAGCCUACGAUGACGAAGCGCAAAACCAACCGCUGGACAUGGAUGGGACCGAUUCGCGCCAAGCGCCCGGUGAAACCCUCGAUGAAAAUACUGCCAGCAACGAUUCGGACGUGGUCACCAACGAGGGGGAAACCAUACUGCCUCCCCCGCCGCCGGAAAUCGAGAACGAGGAAACACGUCGCAAACGGGCCGAACUUGCCGAGCUGGCAAUGCUUGGGAUCGACGCGGACGAUAUGGCGGCGCAGAUUUUUUAAGCUUUUUACAGUGUGGCAAACAGUUUUGUCAAUGAUGUUUAUGAUUACUAAUUACCUACGUAAUAGAGUUCAGUUGAAAGCGCUGUGGAAUGUCAUCGUUUGUUAAGCGGCUCAAGAAAAAAAAAACUUUGCUAAGGUUACUACAACACAUAAAAAUAUCAACUAUAUGAUAUGAUGUUCCAGUCAAUAGAUUCUAGAGAGGAUAACUACUGAUUGUGUAGGCGUAAAAUUUCAAAAGACAUACACAAUUUGAGAAGGAUAUAAAAAUCGACCACUUAAAAUAAUUGACUUCAA